CGCCCGCGCCCACCCAGCGCCGCGCAUGCUCCGUGUCCGCGCGCCGAGCGCUGGUUACCAGCACCGGCUGCGGCGGCUGCGUGGGGCCCGGCCUCUGGGGCCGGCUGGCGGCGGCGGCCUAGGGAGGCUCGGCGGCUGGCGGGCAGUGGGUGGCUGUUACUGGUUCCCAUACACGCUGACUCCCUGCUAUGACUAAAGAUGGAGUACGUAAAAAUAGAUGGGAACUAAUUCAGAGGAAGAUAGAGGAGAAACUGAGAGGUCCAGAAGUUUUGAAAAGUCAGUGACUUUUGGUUCACUGAUGCUGAAGUACUAUGAGUUUUCAGAACUUCUGGAAAGACUAUAAAGUUCUAAUUGUUAUGGUACCUUUAGUUGGGCUCAUACAUAUGGGAUGGCACAGAAUCAAGAGCAGCCCUGUUUUCCAAAUGCCUAAUAAGGACAAUGUUUCUGAGCCAGAAAAUCCGGAACUUGGAUGUCCUCCGAAGAAUCACAUCCAAGGGAAAUAGCAGGCUUGGAAUCUUCAGGAGUUUGGAGGCCUGCUAUAGCCAAACUUUGAGGUUUGUUUUCUCCUUCUGUGAAAAGAAAUACAAGGAAUAUUAUUGAGGUAUUCCUAGAGGAAAAGUAAAAUUGAGAAAAGAAAACAUCCCCUCUAAAACAUUAAG